CAAAGGUCAAUUACACACUUCGAAAAAAAGUUGGAACUACUGAAAAACAGAGAGCAACAUGCUUGUUAUGCAAUCAUCGUGGGUGAGAGGCAAGUGUAUCGGUCAGGGCGCGUUUGGUACAGCGUAUUUAGCAGUAUCGAACCGCGAUGGAAGGGUUUUCGCGGUGAAGUCAGUUGACCGGACAACAGGUCAACCGGGUCAGGUGGAGGCGUUGGAGAACGAGAUUCGGAUCCUCCGUGAUAUGAGUUCUUCACCACACGUGGUGGCGUUUCUCGGCGAGGAUCACACGUGCGAGCGUGGGAAGACGGCGUCGUUUCGCAACCUUCAUAUGGAGUAUUUGCCAGGUGGCACUGUGGCCGACGUGGCGGGGAAUGGUGACGUGGACGAGCGGUUAGUUAGGCGAUACGCUUGGUGCUUGACGAGCGCGCUGCGUGAUGUCCACGCGCGCGGCGUGGUUCACUGCGACGUGAAGGGGAGAAAUGUUCUCGUCGCCGGUGACGGCGCGGCGAAGCUUGCUGACUUCGGCGCGGCGGUGGAGUUUACCGGCGGGGAGUGUUGUUCUCGAGGGAGUCCGUUGUGGAUGGCGCCGGAGGUUGUUCGCCGGGAGUAUCAGGGGCCGGAGUCUGACGUGUGGUCGCUUGGCUGCACGGUGAUCGAGAUGGUCACCGGGAAACCGGCGUGGGAGGAUCGCGGCGUUGACACGCUGAGUCGAAUCGGUUUCUCCGACGAGUUACCGGAGUUCCCUGGCGGCUUGUCGGAGCUCGGGCGUGAUUUCGUGGAGAAGUGUUUGAGAAGAGAUCGGAGCAGACGGUGGAGCUGCGAUCAGCUGCUUCAGCAUCCGUUUUUGCUUCCGGUGGAAUCGUCGCCGCGUUGCGUAAUGGACUGGGUUGACUCGCGAUUCUCCGAGUCAGAAACCGAGUUUGAAGAUGAAGAAGAAGUGGAAUUGAGUAAGGAAGAGGAGAAUUCAGUGAGGGAGAGAAUUGGAAAAUUGGCUAAUGUUUCGAGGGUAAAUUGGGAAAGUGAGGGUUGGGUGGUGGUUAGGGAAGUUGCGUCCGACGCGGAAGCAACGAUGGAAAAAGUAACGGCGGCGUGUGAUGAAGGUGAAUGUGUAGGGGCAAGGUGGGAAUUAGGGAAUGUUACGAGGGUAGAAGAGGAAAUUGAGGUAGGGACUAGUUUGGAAUAUUCGGAUUCAGGGGGAUUCGGUGGUGAAAGGGUAAAUCGGGAAAUGUGGGAGUUUGGUGGUGGGUGGAAGCGGUGGUUGUUGUGGCGGCGUGAGUGUGAUCAGUGCAACCGCAACCACCGCAAAGACAAUAUCACAGGUGGAAGUUGUUGGAGGUGUCGGUAUGAGGAAAAGUUCAACAGGAUUAUAAUACUGUUCACCAUUUACAGAUUGUAUUGUAAAAUUUUCAAUUCAUGUUAUUUAUUCUCAAUAUAUAAUUACCCUUUUCGAUUAAUUAUUAUUGCAUUGCUUACUUUUAUUCAAUUCAUAAAUGGGAUUCUAAUUCUAGAAAAUAUUCACAUAAAUUCCUCCACUAUUAAUUCUAACUUUAGAAUCCAUACUUACUGGGUUUUGAAAGGUUAAGAUUGAAAAGAUGAA